UUCUGAGGGAGGGAGGACUGUUGGGGAAGGUCUUCCAAGGUGAAGGGAGCCCAUUGGGACUUAUCUGGAGCUGAGGAUUUAAUUGGGGACAAGUGUCCAAGAGGGAUUGAGAAUGAGGGAAGAGAGAUGGAAUAGAAUCAUAGAAGACAAUAUUGCUUAGGGCAAGUAAUGUUUAGGGACAGAGCAAUGUCAGGGCACUGGGGCCCAGGAUGGGUUGGAGGGGCUAUGAGUAGGUAUAUAGGCUGAGCUCCAAGGAGAUCAGUGUAGGGGUCUCUAAGAGGGACCAGGGUUCAGGGCUUUGGAGUAGCACACCUGACCCUGAGGGCGGAGGGGAGCUUGCCGUGCAGGGAUGGGCCAGCCUGUUACCGGUCAGAUUCUUCAAGCCGGAUUUAUGAUGAACAGGAUUAGCAUGAAUGAACCAGGCUUUGGUGGGGUCAGACUUGGGAGACAGGACCUCCAAUCCAACAGGACUGGAAUUGAGUCGGGAGGUAUGGGGGGGGCAUUCUGAAGAUUCUUGGUGAAGGCCCUGGACUUGGUGGGCUCAGAAGGAAAACUCUAGACAUUGACCUUGGGGGACUUGAGAGACAGGAUUGAACAAAGAUGAGUAUUCCACUGGGGUUUGGUAUGUUGCAUCCCAUUUGGGUAGGAACUGUGAUGUGCAGUCAGGAGGCUUCAAGGGACCCAGAGACUCCAAAAGGAAGCCCGAUUAGGGAUGGGGACUGGACCAGCUCAGACAGCGGUUUAGCUAUUAGUAAGGAUGGAGUCCAGCUGUGCAGGAUCAAGGAAGAGGUGGGUAGGAGCUUGGGAAGCCGAUAUCAGGACAGGGCCUCAUGGAGAUGGUACAAGGUCUACCACGGAGACAAGGGUGGCAAGUGGCACUCAACAAGGCAAGAAGAAGAGGUUCGAGGCCCAGGGCCCCAGCCAGUCCCCAGCCCUGCUGGGAGCCCCGGCCAGCACCACGGACGGCACCCAGGAAGCCCGAGUCCCCCUGGACGGGGCCUUCUGGAUUCCCAGGCCACCAGCAGGUUCACCCAAGGGCUGUUUCACCUGUGUGUCCAAGCCUCCCGCCCUGCAGGCUGCAGCGGCCCCAGCCCCUGAGCCCUCGGCCUCGCCCCCCAUGGCGCCCACUCUGUUCCCCAUGGAAUCUAAAAGCAGCAAGACUGAUAGCGUUCGGGCAUCAGGUGUCCCGCCGGCCUGCAAGCACUUAGCCGAGAAGAAGACCAUGACGAACCCCACAACAGUCAUCGAGGUCUACCCCGACACCACGGAGGUGAACGACUACUAUCUGUGGUCCAUCUUCAACUUCGUCUACCUCAACUUCUGCUGCUUGGGCUUCAUUGCUCUGGCCUACUCCCUCAAAAUCUUCUCAGGAGACAGUGGUCAGGCCUCGGGGCUUCUUGGAGGGAUGUGCAGAGUCAGCAUAGACCAGGCUAACUCUGACCUGAUGCCUGGAAAUCAGUCCACCUGUGUAUCUAGCUGCAGCCUCCUGACCAGCUGCACCUGCCACUUAUGCAGCCCAACGCAAGCAUGUCCAAGGACAGCAGGUUCGGGACAAGAAGCUCCUGAAUGACCUGAAUGGAGCCGUGGAAGAUGCCAAGACAGCACGGCUGUUUAACAUCACCAGCUCUGCGCUGGCAGCCUCCUGCAUCAUCCUCAUCUUCAUUUUCCUGCGGUACCCCCUCACUGACUACUGAGCCCAGCAGGCAGUGGCCUUGGAGACACAAUGCUGAUACUGAUGGUCACAGAGAUUCAGGAUGCUGACAGUAUGGGGCAGAAUGGGCUCCUACCAAGGCCCAGAGCCAUGCAUGGCAGCAAGGCCACCAGAAGCUGAGUGCCCAGUGGAGUGGCACACUCCUCCCAGCCUCCUAUCUGCCUCCUGCCCCCAUCCUGCUGUCACUGGGUCUCUGGGCACCCUCUCACAAUGCUGCCUGGCUGCCAGUGGCUGCCCUCCCUGACCUGUGCACCCCACCCAGGUUCCUGCUCCCCUCAGACCUGACACCCAGCAAGAAGGGCUUAUGUGGGAGCUCCCGGAAUAGGGGCUGCCAGCACCUGGGGCUCCCUCACUCCUGACCCCAACUUCCUCCAAGCUGUGACCCCUGCUCCAAGCUCUUGUAUCUGUGAACUUUCAUUAAAACAUGUGCCCAGCUCA